AUGCUGACCUCUAGAAUUCCCAGUGGGGAUGGAGAGGGAAGCAGUAGCGCAGUGGAGGCUGCCGGGUGUUGUAGUCCGCAUGGCCUGGGUCUGCGCAGACUCUGUAGGCGAGAGGCCGACGCAGAGACUACAGCCCCCAGCGUGCCAUGCGGUGGGUUUGUGACGCAGUCAGCAUUGGCUACACCGGGAAACUUUCUGAUGAGUGAAAGCAUAACCUGGGCCGGCGCAGAAAAUUCUAAUCCUGGUGAGAGUCAGGUCCUUUCACACGUCUCAACUCGACCGCUCGCAAUGAACGAAGAUCCAGAACAUGACAACUCGUCGAUGUAUUCCAGCACCUUUGCCCAGGUUAUCUUCGUCAACGUGGAAAAACUGUACAUGACCGACAUCCCAGUGAAAUGCAACUACACACUGACAUCCAAGAUCGAAGCUCAUAAGAAGGAUUGGAUUGGAAUUUUCAAGGUUGGAUGGAGCACUGCCCGAGAUUACCACACUUUUGUUUGGGCACCUCUCCCAAAGUGGGACAGUCUUGUGGAGCGGCAACAACAAGUGACGUUUGAGGCUUACUAUCUUCCAAAGGAUGAAAAUGACUUCUACCAGUUUUGCUACGUCACGCAGAAGGGUGAAAUCCGUGGGGCCAGCACACCCUUUGGUUUCCGGCUAAUGGGCCACAGCACAUCUGAACGGCUGGACAGUGACUCUUCUCAAGAGAUGCUCAUCAUCACCACACAAGAGAAACAAGAAGAAACGGAACGGGAGAAAAUUGAGCUGAAGGAGAACAAUCUGAAGUUGGUAGUGGAAAAUGCCACCUUGAAGGAAAAGAUCAAAGAGCUUGAAACCCAGGCAGCGAAGGAAAAGGAGGAACAUUUUACAGCACUGGAGAUAAAUAAGAAGGAGGUGACAGCACUUGAAAAGCAAACACUGGAACAGAAGGUGAAGAGCGAGUUGGAAAUGAAAGCCCAGAAUGAAAAGGCAGAGCACCUGAGAAAGAAUCUGACUGAGAAAGAGACUGCAUGUUUCAACCUGCAGAAGGAACACAAGAGCUUGCUGGCAAAGAUGGAGACAUCACAAGCGUCUCUUGAGCAACUGAAGCAGAAACAUGAGAAAGCUGUGGAGAAACUGAAACAACUCCAGCAAGAAAGCAAGCGUCUCAAAGUGGAAAUCAGUGCAAAGGAGACAGAGUUGACAAGUUUGACGGAAGUAAAGAAUAAGACCGCGAGCGAGUUGAAAGCUGCACAAGAGAACCUCGAACUAGUUCGGUUUGACGUCGAAACCCAAAAGAGAGAAAACGAGAAGUUGAAGGAGAAUCUGAAGAAGUUGGCGGAGGUGCAGAGCCUGCAGCAGGAGUGCGUGGCGGAGAUCAGUCGGCUGCGCCAAGCCCUGAGCAAGUCUGAGGAGCUGAAGGCUUCCAACGCCAAAGCUAUAGAACAGCUCCAGGAGCAGGUGGAGAAGCUCCAGCAGUGCCUGAAGGAGAUGGAGGAGAAGGUCGAAGAGUCCCGGCAGCAACAAGCCCAGACCAGGGAGGAGCUGAGAGCAGCACAGGCCGCUCAGCAGCAGAGUGAGAAGAAGCUGUCUGAGGCCCAGCAGGAGAUCCAGCACUGGAAAAGCAAGUUUGAGACGGUCGACCAAAUCUUUUCAAGGAAAGAGAUUAGGUACACAAGCAUUGAACGCGAGCUGGAAGACAAGUCCCAAAUCGUGGACAUUCGAACCAUGGAGGUGACUGCGUUACAAGAGGAGAUCAAGAAGCUGAAUAAGAAGAUUGAUGAAAUGAGGUUCAAUUCAAACCAUCAGAGUGGAACAUUUAAAUUAGAGCAUCCUAACCCCUACAGCCUGAGUGUACCUAAGGUUCAUGCCGCUCAUUCUGGGCUCCUGUUUGGAAACCCGUACUCUGAGUGCGAUUCCCAGGGAUCGCAGACGACUGAAAUGGUUGACCAUGGGCGAGAUCGGGAUGCCUGGGAGAAUUUCCAGGACAUUGAAGAGGAUUCAGCGGUUGAAAGCCAAGCCUGCCCAGUGUGUUCAAUGCAAUUCCAAGCGAACAUGGACGAGUCUGAUAUGGAGCAACACAUCUCCACGCACUUUGGUCACGAAUGUCCCGUUUGCCAAAAUACUUUUCCAGAGAGCAAACUGAGUCAGUAUGAAAAUCACGUGCAGUCUCAUUUUCAGGAGACCACCAACUGGGAGAUGAUCUGAUGGGAAUUCUGCGAAGUUGAUAACACCUUCCGGCCUUUAAUCUUAAAUAUUGUUUUGGACUCAUUUCCUUCUGUUGUGCAUUAACAUUUAGCAUUUCCACCCAGGUAAUAUCACAUGGGCAAAGAGUUGGGCAAGUGGCAGGUUUCUACCAGUGCUGCCUUUACCUCAGCUGUGUAGAAGGUUGAGACUUGUAUGGAGGGCGUGAGUCCAUGUCAAGACUUCGACUAGACUUGGACUGCCACGACAAAGCAACCAGGGGACUUCCAGUUCAAAUAACAGCCAAUUUUUACAUCACUGGCAUUUCUUGUGCAAUAAUAUGCCUCGUACUAAAUGUAACCUGGUCUACUCCAAGAGCCUAUACCUAUUACUGGGUAUAUCUGAUUUGAAGCAUGAGACUUGUCAUCAUUUUCCCAUCUCCAAGAUUUCUGACAUGCAUUAACUUGAAUGUGCACCAAUCCAAAUUGGCAGCAAAAUAUUAUUUUUAAAGGGCACUGCAGACCUGGCUAUCAUUUCCCCAUUACGUAACUCUUUUGAGUAUUGGUUAAUGCUUUAAAAGUUAUAGUUUUACAACUCAACAAGAAAAUCCAAUCUAAUUUAAACCGUAGUAUAAAUCAGGAUUUACUAAAUAUCAUACAGUUGCCUCUAUUUUAGCAGAACAGUACUUUCUGCAUUUAUUCAUUUGCACUCAUCAUACUUAUAUUAUCAUAGUAUUUUUCCCAAUGGAACUGCAUUAUGGCUUGUUAGAAGCAACAGCAUUGCAUCUUUUGGUAAAACAAGCCCAGCUUACAUCUACCACUAAAGAUUCCACUCCUGGUCUGAGUCAGCUACACUGGUUUGUUGCAUUAACAGGAAAGUAUGUUGUACACAAGCUCACAUUUUGAAUUUGCAUUUAAUUAGAUUUCACUUUGAUUACUUGCAUUUCAUCUAAAUAACUUGAGAUUAAUGGUGCCGCUACAUUAACAUUGUUUUAUUGUCAUUUUGUUUAAAUGGUUUACGAAGAAUCCACUGUGUAUCUAGACUAUUAAUAUCAGAUACUGUAUAUUUAUUCCUGAUUGUGCUGAAAACUGAUAAUUUUGCUGAAUUUUGGAAUUAAAUUGUGUUUAUUCGAGA